AUUUUAUUUUUAUUUUACACGUAGUACUCCGUACUUGGGACAGGUCAGAGGGAGCUGCCGACCUGCCGUCCCUGGGAUCCGUCCCUGUUGCUGCGACACAUCCGCAGCCGCUAGCCAAUGUGCGGCGACCAAGGGAGCUACUACUAGGACUGAGCUGGUAGGCUAGGCUCUUCCAUCGCUCUCCUUGCGUUCUCCGGUCUCAGCGGAUCGCUCAUCGUUCGGUAUUGGGGGUUCUUCGGGACUCAGUAAGGUCUAAACUCUGAAGGCGAGCAAAGGAUGGGAUUCUCCUUCUUCACCUACCGAGCCGGUGCUCGAUUGCUGGACGGGAUCGCGCGCCCCGGCGUCUCCACCGCAGCACUUCUGUUCGCGGCGGCCAGUGGCGGCGGCCUUGUGGCUUACGCGGAUUCCGCUGCAGAGAGUGCUCCGGAGCCAUCUCAGGGUGCUCCCAAGAAGAAGCUGCUGGUUCUUGGGACUGGCUGGGCUGGGACGUCAUUCCUGAAGAACCUCGACUGCUCCCAGUAUGAAGUGAAGGUCAUCUCGCCCCGGAACUACUUCGCAUUCACGCCUCUGCUUCCGAGUGUCACGUGUGGGACUGUCGAGCCGCGCAGCAUUAUUGAACCUGUGCGGAGGAUGUUUGAGAAGAAAAACAAGGAUGUCACAUUUUGUGAAGCAGAGUGUUUCAAGAUUGACGCAAAUAAAAAAACUGUACAUUGCCGUUCUGCUGUUGGAACUAAUCUUGAUGGGAACGGUGAUUUUAUGUUAGAUUAUGAUUACUUAGUUGUUGCUCUUGGAGCUACUGUAAGUACAUUUAACACUCCUGGAGUGCUGGAGCACUGCUGCUUUUUGAAGGAAGUAGAGGAUGCUCAGAAGAUACGGAGAUGUGUGAUAGAUUGUUUUGAAAAAGCAUCACUUCCAAAUAUUAGCGCCGAGGAGAAAAGGAAAAUUCUACAUUUUGUAGUUAUUGGUGGUGGACCUACUGGAGUUGAAUUUGCAGCAGAGAUGCAUGAUUUUCUUGUCGAAGAUUUGGUGAAACUAUACCCUGCCAUUCAAGACUUUGUGAAGAUAACAAUUAUUCAAUCGGGAGAGCAUAUAUUGAAUAUGUUUGAUGAAAGAAUAGCUGCAUUUGCUGAACAGAAGUUCCAGAGGGAUGGCAUCGAAGUGUGCACAGGCUUCAGAGUGAUAAAGGUGUCUGAUGAUUCGAUUACAAUGAAGAGCAAAUCAGCUGGCAAGGAGGUAUCAGUGCCUUAUGGAAUGGCUGUUUGGUCUGCUGGCAUUGGUACUCGUCCUGUCAUCAUGGACUUCAUGCAACAAAUUGGGCAGACUAAUCGACGUGCCUUGGCAACUAAUGAGUGGUUAAGAGUUCGUGAGUGUGAAGGUGUCUAUGCAAUUGGUGACUGUGCUACAGUGAGUCAAAGAAAAAUAAUGGACGAUAUUUCAAUGGUAUUCAAGAUGGCAGACAAGGACAAUUCUGGCACUUUAACACUGAAAGAGAUCAAUGAUGUUUUAGAAGAUAUAUGUAUAAGAUAUCCACAAGUAGAGCUUUAUAUGAAAAGUAUGCACAUGCUUGAUAUUGCGGAUUUAAUAAAAGGCGCAAUAGGUGAUUCUCACAAGGAGUCUAUGGUGGUUGACAUAGAGGAGUUCAAAAAAGCUCUGAGCCAUGUUGAUUCCCAAGUGAAAAAUGCUCCAGCAACAGCUCAGGUCGCUGCGCAACAAGGACAGUAUCUCGCUGAAUGUUUCAACAAAAUGGAAAAAUGCAAAGAGGAUCCAGAAGGCCCUUUGCGCAUGACAGGGGGGUCUGGCCGUCACUUUUUCCGCCCAUUUCGCUACAAGCAUUUCGGGCAAUUCGCACCCCUGGGUGGAGAACAAGCCGCUGCAGAGCUCCCGGGCGACUGGGUCUCCAUGGGCCACAGCACUCAGUGGCUCUGGUACUCUGUGUAUGCCAGCAAGCAGGUGAGCUGGCGCACGAGGGUGCUGGUGGUUUCAGACUGGACGCGCCGGUUCAUAUUCGGGAGGGAUUCAAGCCGAAUUUAGCGCGCCCCGCCGCCGAGCCAGAUGCAUCGGCAUCGUCGUCCUUCUUCUGCACAGGGAUUUCUUUUGAAGAAUAAUCGAUUUGCUGCUGGAGCUUGAGCAAGCAAAGCUGUUCCUGUUUCCCGCCUCGCGCCAGGUCCUGCCAACGAAACUGCUCUUCUUUCAUCUGUGUCUGAUGCACGGUGUUCCUUUUCCUUGCUCCUGCUACAUGGUGGCAGUGGCUCUCAACAUGUGAAGCAGGCAAGCAGCUUUGGAAGAAAGAGGCCCACUUUUUUAGCUUUCACUGUAGCCCCGUUUGGAACAUGGCAUCAGAUUCUUGCCGCGAGAAUCGAACCACUUCACGUGAAAUUGUCGCGAGCCAUUGUUCGUUUGCACACAUGCCGUGCAAGUUCGUUGUUAUGGAGUGAACUGUUGCUGCA